AUGAUCACUCUUCAGGCACAAGGAGAAAGUACCACAACUUUGCCUCCGGAAGUUGCAACUUCCAUCAUAUUAUCAACAUCAACUCAAAUCAUCACAUCGGCACCAUCUACGACUGCUACUACUACAGUUGUCCAAAUUGAAAAUGUAACGUCGAUAGGCACCGAGAAGGAUGUGAUUACUCACAGCUCUCCAAGCACAACAACAACGUUCCCACCGCAAGCUACACCGUAUGAUAUGUGCCAGGAGAACAAAAUAGUAGCAGCCGUGGGAGGAGCUACCAUCGACUAUUCCCUACCUAGUUACGGUCCAUCCAGCCUCCAACUCCACUGGACAUAUAUAGCCGAUCCCUAUGUGGAACCAUAUAAUUGCUGUGCCAUAUGUGCACAAUCAUCUACAUGUGUUGGAUGUUUCUACAAUAUCGAUACAACCGCCAAUCCUGGUCCUGCUGUCACUUGCUACACGCAUGAAGCAACAGAUGGUGUUUGCGAUCUCUCUGGGAUUCGGUAUGUUUUCCGUGCAGAUUUGAAGCGUAAUACUCUUUCUCCUAAUGUAGCAGAAAAUGGAAAUUGCGGUAGAGGACAGCUUGAUAAUGGGGCUAGACCUAGGUUGGAUGGUAAAUUGUGA